AUGCGUUUUUCUGAAAUAUAUCGACAAUUAUCUCAGUUCCCCUCUGUGCUAGACACCCUCGACAGCGAAGAUGUGUUCCAAUUUGUUACGGUUGCCAGCCAUUUUAUAAAGAUCAAUCAAGCCUCAAUCAAAGUCAACCAAGACAAUGCACCAUAUGAAUAUCUCAAUAGUGUUUUGCCUGAGCCUCUAGUACCUGGAACUUGGGAAGUACUAUGGACAGUACUUUACUCCAGCCUGGAAUCAUCUUACAUUGAACCUGUUGCUCUAAUUCGAGAUAAGGGAUUGAGUCAAGAUCAAGAGCCUGGCGCACUUGAUAUCGCGGAACGGAUAUUUUGGCCGCCUUACAAAGACGAAUGCCCCAGUCACAAAUGCCAGGGUCGAUUGGAAAGAAGGGUGGCUCUGUGUGCAUAUCUAUAUGAUCUUGAUGGCGUCAAGUCAGUUCGGCACCACACCACCUAUUGCCGACAUUGCAAGACCAGCUAUCGGGCGUCAUAUUCUUCCAAGAAGAAUGGGCAGCGCACCUACUAUCUAGAUACAACAAGAAAUGAUCCAGAUUGUAUUCAAGUCAAUAUGCAUUAUUUCAUGACAAUACGACUGCUUGAAUUUUUUAACUAUGCACAAUCCCUAGCCCACGUAUCAGUAUAUAAUCUCGUAACUAUCUACAAUAGCAGUCACAAACUGCUGGAGGAUGCCCCAAAUCAUUUCAAAACUGAAAACUUCAGGCCAACACUUUCCGACCACUGUUGCACUACUGCGUUAGAUGUACAUUGCUUGCUCCGACAAUUCAACCUCCGGAACAUUCCAAUGAGUGUAUCAAACUCUGGAGGAUCUCGCCAUCGCUUUCGAAAAUCAAAGUUGACCGUUCUCACAUGGACCGAACUUGAGGGAAGUCCCUAUAUUGAUCACAUGUGCUCGGAAUGCACAGAAAUCCUGGAAGACCCUAAUGUUGAAGGAGGAGGUUUGGCUCUCCGAGCCAUAGCCAUGGAUGGAAUUACAAUUGGACAUCCUCGAUGCAGUGCUACCAAGGAACAGCUUGUAUCAUUAAAUCCGGAGAUCAUCAAUCCACCGCCGUGCACUGUAAUGCUUGAGACACCAAAGGAUAGAUAUUGUCCUGCUCAUGAUUUACUCCUUGGGAAACUCUGCCACGCACAGCCCUGUACCCUUGAUGCCAUUGGCAACUCCAAGGCAUGCAACCUACCCGAGCGUCAGGAAGCUAUUCAAAUUCGACAUGAAAAGAGAACUCGCUCUCAUGCUGCAUUGGCCUUUAACCAGAGAACAGGUGCAAAACUACCCAAGGAUCCAACAGCAGCGCUCAAUGCUGAUACCGAUGCUUUCAACAUUGACGCUUUGGUGGAGGGAGAUGAGUCAGAUCGCACCCAUGAAGCUGGGCGUGAUGGAGAAGAGGCCGCUCAGCCAGUCUACAAGAAGCCGAUUUGCUCCAACGCAAAGACACACAACAAUCUCCUUUUUGUUGCCACAUGUGGUAUUACACUGGCUAGAGAAACAAUGUAUCGAGCCGAGUCUGUCAUAUUAGUCAGGGUUAGAGAUCCUUGA